GCCAAACUACACAGCUGCGGACUUGUGGUCACGCAGCGUACCGCUAGAAAGGAUCGGAGCCAUGGACGACGCCGUCGUAGCAGCAGCUGCGGCAGCGGCGACAUCGCCGUGGAGCCUGCUGCUCCAGGGGCUCCUCGCGCUGCUCGCCGUGUGGGCGGCCUACCGGGCCGCGGAGAGAUGCUGGCUGCGGCCGCGGCGCCUCGACCGGGCGCUCCGGGCGCAGGGGCUCGGCGGCACCGGGUACCGCUUCCCGGCGGGCGACCUCAAGGAGAACGCCCGGCUGAACGAGGAGGCGCGCUCCAGGCCCAUGCCGCUGUGCCAUGACGUCAUCCCCCGCAUCGCGCCGCACCUCCUCAACACUGUCCAGGAGCAUGGCAAUAUUUGCAUCACCUGGUUUGGCCCAAUCCCCAGGGUGAUAAUCGCGGAGGCAGAGCUAGUCAGAGACAUCCUAUCAAACAAGUUUGGUCACUUCCAGAAGUUCACUAACAAGCGUAUGGGGAAAUUGCUCGCCCAUGGGCUUGCGAGUCAUGAGGGCGAGAAAUGGGCAAAACACAGAAGGAUCCUCAACCCAGCAUUCCAUGUGGAAAAGCUCAAGCGCAUGCUGCCGGCGUUCUCGACGUGCUGCACCGAGCUGAUAGGUCGCUGGGAGAGAGAGCUCGCUGAUGGUUCCGACGGAUCAUAUGAAGUGGACAUCUGGCCGGAGUUUCAGAACCUCACCGGAGACGUGAUCUCCCGCACGGCGUUCGGCAGCAGCUUCAUGGAAGGGCGGAGGAUCUUCCAGCUUCAGGGAGAGCAAGCGGAGCGACUCAUCAAGGCCUUCCAGUACAUCUACAUCCCAGGCUUCCUGUUCUUGCCGACGCAGAACAACCUGAGGAUGAAGGAGAUCAACGGGGAGAUCGAAGGGAUUCUGAGGGGAAUGAUCGAGAAGAGGGAGCGCGCGAUCGAGAAUGGCGAGGCCAGCGGCAACGACCUGCUCGGCCUGCUGCUGCAGUCCAACAUGGACAGCGGGACAGGCAGCCUGAGGAUGAGCACCGAGGACGUGAUCGAGGAGUGCAAGCUCUUCUACUUCGCGGGGAUGGAGACCACGUCGGUGCUGCUCACCUGGACGCUCGUCGUCCUCAGCAUGCACCCCGAGUGGCAGCACCGCGCCAGGGAGGAGGUCCUCACCGUGUUCGGCAGGGACGACAGGCCCAAUUUCGACGGCCUCAGUCGACUCAAAACGGUGACGAUGAUACUGUACGAGGUGCUGAGGCUGUACCCGCCGGCGGUCUCGCUGAACCGGAGGACAUUCAAAGACAUGACGAUUGGUGGCGUCACAUACCCCGCAGGGGUGAUCCUCGAGCUUCCCAUCAUCGUGGUUCACCACAACCCCGACGUGUGGGGGAAGGACGCGCGUGAGUUCAGGCCGGAGAGGUUCGCCGAGGGGAUCUCGAAGGCGACCAAGGACGAGCAGCCGGCGUUCUUCCCGUUCGGGUGGGGGCCGAGGAUCUGCAUCGGCCAGAACUUCGCGCUGCUCGAGGCCAAGAUGGCGCUGAGCAUGAUCCUUCAGCGGUUUGAGUUCCAACUGUCGCCUUCCUACACGCAUGCGCCGUACACCGUCAUCACGCUGCAUCCUCAGCACGGCGCGCCAAUUAUAGUCAACAAGAUCUGAUCGUUGAGUAUGCGUGCCAUAGUGCAAAAACUUGUGUGAGUAGUAGGGAGUUUUGUGUAUCUGAACUUUGAGUUAUGCUUCCUGUAAACCUCCUGGUCGAUAUAUAGUCCAAGCAAAUAAUGAAUUACCUCGUUCUUUGCUAGCAA